CACGGAUCCAUAUCGGACAGAUCACCAAAUCCAACGCGCCUUGGCAGGAAACUUCCUUCUUCCAGGAGUGACCAGUCGACUGUUCAGAUGAGUGAUAAGGAUGACCAUGCCAGACCUUAGAACCAAGCUUGAAGCACCAUCUCCAGCUCCGACAGAUAUGUCCUAUAAAUCUGAGCAGUCAAUGGAUCCACCUUUCGGAUUCCACACAAGGAAUGUAUAUCUGGAGAGACUUACAUCACCAGCUCUUUCAUACUCCUCUAUGGAAAGCAGCCAGUCAAUGCACCGGCCAAGUAUCUUGAGUGGAGGUAAUGUGAGAACAAAGCUUGAAGCACCAUCUCCAGCUCCGACAGAUAUGUCCUUCAAAUCUGAGCAGUCAAUGGAUCCACCUUUCGGAUUCCACAAAAGAACAAAGCUUGAAGCACCAUCUCCAGCUCCGACAGAUAUGUCCUUCAAAUCUAAGCAGUCAAUGGAUCCACCUUUCGGAUUCCACAAAAGGAAUGUAGUCCAGGAGAGAUUUACAUCACCAGCUCCAUCAUACUUCUCUGUCCGGCCAGUGGCUUUUAUUGAAGGGAAUGUGAGAACAAAGUUUGCAGCACCAUCUCCAGCUCCGACAGGUGUGUCCUUCCAAUCUGAGCAGUCAAUGGAUCCACUUGUUGGAUUCCAGAACGGAGUCUCAUGUCCGAGUCCCAUUAUGGAGGAUUGUUUAAGGUGUCCAAAGUGUAGCGAUGUCCUGAAGGAUCCUGUGUCCAUCCCCUGUGGACACUCUUUUUGCAAAACCUGCAUCCAGUCCUACUGGACUAAACCAGCCAAUGAAGAAAGCUACUCCUGCCCUCAGUGUAAAAAAAGGUUUAAAAAUCGUCCUGCCCUGAACCUGAAUGUGGCUCUUAAUCAGAUGCUGAAGCAGGCCAAAUUCAGUCCUGCUCUUCCUGCUCAAAGCUACACUGGACCUGGAGACGUAGCCUGUGAUAUCUGCACUGGUAGUAAGAUCAGAGCCGUGAAGUGGUGUCUAACCUGCAACGUGGCUUACUGUGAGACCCACGUAAGGCAGCACUACACCGUAGGAGCGCUGCAGAGACACACGCUCAGAGACAUGAUGGGCGAUCCAGAGACGAGAAGCUGCCAGCUGCACUACAGAGGUCUGGAGGUCUUCUGCAGAACUGAUCAGGUCUUCAUCUGUCUUGUGUGUGCGAUGGAGGAACAUAAAGGUCAUGACACUGUGCUGGCCAAAACAGAAGUUCAGGAUGCUGAGUUCAGUUCAUUAACUGAGAGCAGAAUGAAGGAUGAAGUGCAGCACAACAAUGCAGACUUGGCAAUGGAAGACAGGCUACAGAGAGCUGAGGCGUUCUUGUCUUACCUAACACAAUUGUUCUGCAGAAGACUUGAAGAUUCAAGUAUUUUUGGCUUCGAGCUUGUCGAAGUCGCUGCACUGAGUCGAGACUUAGAUCUCGGCAUGUUGUAUGACUGCCGCAGUGAUUUGUUCAGCUCAGAUGUUUUACUAUGGGAAAAAAAUAUUGUAUCCUCUACAAGGCUGUCGAUCACACGUCCUCACAAGGAUGUAAGGAUUUUGGAUGGAGACUCCUUACAUGACAGACUCACAGCUCUGGAUCUGACUUUACCUCUAAGAGCGAGUGUUAUAUCAGGGUUGGUUAAGAUAGCCGGAGCUUCUGCAUUUUUUAAUCAUAACAUUCAGUCCCAGCUGCAAGACCGAGUCACUCUGCAUUACAGAACCUCCACCAGACUGGACAUGCUCAAUCACGAGCUUCUACAUGACGGAUUCCCACCCUCAGUGACCGGCUUGACCUCUGCGACGCACGUGGUUGUAGCUGUGCUUUACGGAUCACAGGCAUUUUUUGUCUUUGAUAGCAAGAAGGACAGAAGAGCUGAAAACGCAGAUCUCAAAGAUGUAGCCAAGAAGCUGAUCAACUCUUCCAGUCAGACAGAUCUACUCUCUAGGCUUAGUGAACAAGACAAAUCUGCAUUAUGCCAUUGUGCCGCCUUUAUUGAUGGGAAUUGUGUGCAAAAUCCUGUGGAUUUUGAAACAACAGUGAGACUGUAUAACUCAUUCCAGAAUGCAAAAAAAGAGGUUCCUCUUAAAGUCUGGCUGUAUCCUUUAAAGAAUCUGGACCAAACAUCAGCUUGUGUUGUUAGACAUGUUACCAAAGAUCAGCUGUAUAAAGCAGAAAAGGUUCUGGAACAUCUAGGAAGACAAGUCAACUUUUGUCAUCAUAUGAUGUCAGUCUUUAACAGUUAUGACAUUUUUAAACAGUUUUCAGCAUUAAAGGAUGCUCUGUGUAAUUUUUUUUCACUUCUCCAGCAGUACCAGUGCAAUUUUCAGAAGAGACUAGCCUCAUGUAUUAAGAUCACACGGGAGAAAGGAGAAGGAGGAUUGCAAGAACUUCUGGAAACAAAUGCUAAAUCACCCUUUGGCUUAGUUAAAACAUAUCAGUGGCUCCAAAACAAAAGCACUGAAAUGAGAGCCUUGAUCCAAUGCAGUUCUGCCAAUGUGACUAUUAUAAAGGGCCAAAAAGACUUCCAGCACUAUGUACAGGAUUGCCAAGCGGACAGAUUGCUGUGCUUCAUUUUGACAUCAGUGGACAAUGUUGAAGAUCCAUUUCUUUCAGCUCUGGCACAGUACAUUAAAUCAAUGAACACAGUGAUCACCACAAAAAUGCGGCAUGCCGUUGAGGUUUCGGGAACAAGCCAGAAAAUCCUCUCUGACCUUGAAUCAUUUCUUUUAAAUAAAGAGAGUAAUGCAAACACUCAAGAAACCGUGUUCGUUGCUGCAUCUGUACCUGAUCCAUGUUCUCCUGGCUCUGCAGUGCAUUUUUACCAGUCUGGAAGUUCGUUAAGCCUAAAUGCAAAGCUUGAGGUAAAAUUGGAAUCAGCAGAAAUAAUUGCUGUAGAUCAGACACGCGUGACGAUGAAGCUGCAAAGUGCUGAAGGUUACAGGGUGGAGUACAGAGUGGCGAAGAAAGAUAGGAAAUGGAGAGUUAUCUCUUGUACAAGAGAGAGCUGUGUGGUUUCAGGGCUCACACCAGGGACACACUAUGAACUCAGAUACGCUCUAACAGACAGUAAGGGCAUGAGUAAUUACAGCGGAAUUACAGAGUUCCAGACAGUCUCCAGAGUCAGACCUGGAGCACCUACAGUGCUGAAACUGAACAAGGAAGAGAUCUGUAUUGCCUGGGAGAAAGCUGAGGAGGAUGAUGAUGAUGAAGACUCACUUGUGCUCUACUACAGAGUGGAGUAUUUGGAGGCUGGUCUGGAGGGUUGGCAAUCCAUUCAAACCGACGGACCUGUCUGUGAAUGCACUAUAACUCUCCCAGACAGCACCUGUUACAGAGCCAGAGUGUGUGCCGUCUACGCCAACGGAGACACCAGCGCUCCAAGUGAGGAUUCAGAAAUUCCAGUGCAUGUAUGGAACAUAAACCUGUCCGAGAGAAGGGCCUCGCUUCUUUUAGAUCUGCUAAAAUCCCAAAAUGUGAAGGAACCAUUAGAAAUAACAGACUUCACAGAGGAAGAGGGUGAAGUUCAGAGUUUCCUUCAAUGUCUACACUGGAUCUCUGAGUUAAGAGUGAGUUUUAAUGUGCUGGUGAGAAUGGCACACGCAUUGGAGAAAAUAAAACCAUGUGGUCCAAUGACUCUUGAAGGAGCCUUGAAACAACCUCUGAAGGAGUUGUCAAUAGUCCAGAAAAGCCCACAGCAGGCAGAGGAGGUAUCAUCCAGGGUCCAGAGCAGCUUGGUUUCUCUCCUGAGACUGUGGAAAAUAGAUUGUCUAAAUCUGACUGAGUGCACGAUGGAGGCUCAGUUGUAUACAUUCCUAAUAAACCAGCAAAGCCCUGUAUCAAUCAGAUUCCCUAAAGAAACUCUCCAGAAGCUGAUUGCGAUGGUUUAUGAAGUUCGGGAUGCAGAGUUUACUUCCUGUUUUCUACAAAAAAUAUGUGGAGACCUGACUUCCUGCUUUGUUACUUGGAACAUUAUUCACUAUUUCCUGCAGCAUCACACUCUUACAGUGGACCUUAGAAACAGCCCUAUUGGACAAGAAGACAUCCGAGAACUUUUGCCUUUACUGGACAGGAUAAAGCUUAAAAGGUUGAACUCCAGCUUUAUUAUGGCAGUCAUGAGUGCUAUCUGCGAGACUGGCUCUGCGCACUCUGUGUCCAGCCUGUUAAAUUUAUCAGAGAACUGCGUCAACCUGGAGAACAGAGAACUGAGCUUUGCUGACUGUGCCGCACUGCGCUUUACUCUGGAACACUGCACAGGCGUCUCUCUUAACUUUCUGUGGAGCUCUCUACCAGAGGGGGAGCUAGAGAGGAUCAUCCCUCUACUUAGCCAUGUCGCCCAUCUCAGGGUUGACAGGAAGUUGUUGCUGAAGCUGCUCCACUGCUGCAAUGUUCCUGAGCUCCACCAGGAGGCAGCAGUUCUGCUCUCCGCUCUACACCACAGGCUAGACUUUUCCUGCUACGACGCUCUAGACCUCACAGCAGACACAACAACAUACUCUCUUGGCAUUGAGGACUGUAAGGUCAUCUGCAAGACCAUUCAGAAAGCUCAUGAACAUGUACUUCUCAUUCUGCAUGACUGUGAGAUAGAGGACGCAGGAGUGGAGCAGCUCUACCCCAUUCGCAACAAAAUCACACUAAGUUGCAGUAACGCUCUGCUGCAUAAAUUUUCUCCAUCUGCUCCUGUCGAGCCUGAGUUAAAGUCUGUAGCUCAGGAAAGUGAAGUGGACCUCGGACCUGGCCCUGUAGAACAAUGGCACUGGUUCUGGAACGUUCUGAAGAGCUGUCAAGAAUAAAGUCUUUACUACUGAAGAAAUCCUGGAAGCACUAAAUGUCUACGCAAAAAAAAUGAACAUUGUCAAGUACUGUACCAUUGCAUUUUGUGACAGAAGCGCCAUCUUGUGAGGAGCAAAGUCCAUGUGCAUGACAUGAUUUCCUACCUCAUAUUCCAUACUGUGGUCUAUACCAGGUGUUAUGGGUAAUAUCUCGUCUUUUAGCUGUACACUAAUCUGCACUAGAUACUCACUAAUAUGUGGACAUCUCUUAAUGUUUGGGGAAUUUCUUUAAAGGUAAACAUAAGAAUAUUUACUGCAUACUUUCUCCACUUUUUAGAAAUGUAAAAUUUUUAGAAAUAUGGUAAUUUAUAGAUCUAACUAUAACCUCCUCAUUACCUCUUUACUUAGAUUGUAUUCAAUUACAUAGACAGGAUUACUGUUUUUUACAGAAGCUAGGUCACAUUUCUCAAUACUUUGGUCACUUUUGCAAAACUCCACACAAUUCUCCUAACUGACUUUCAGCUUGGCAAAGCAGUUCAUUUCACAUUUAAAAUGCAAUACAACUUCCAAAACACUUUAAUCAGGUCUUAAAUAAACCAAUUUUUUCAGAACGCUAGCAAAGGUUGACAGCCGACAAACACACUUUGUCACCCACAAAACAAUGACCUAAAAAACACUAACAACAUGUAGCAUUACACAGUGUUUUACUAAAAUAAUACAAAGUAAUACUAAAAUUCUUUCCCUUCCCCCUGUGUAAGGUAACCGUUAAGUCCUAAGCAGAAAUGCAAAAACAAUUAGACAAAAGUUGUUUUACUUCUGAAAUGUGCAACUGAGUCAAAUGCCCUUGCAGAAUACAAGUUACCUGUUGGUUUGCCGAAAAACUCUAACAAAUCAUGCCACUGUAGAUCGUUGCAGAUUUGGCUGCACUCUCUGACCAGCCUCUCUCAUUGAGAGACCAUGAUUUACUACAUGAUCAAUUACAGUAGCUCUGAUCUCAUCUGAGACUACAGCUUUUGAUCUUCCUCUUAUUCUUCUUCCACCACGCAUACGUAUUCCUCGCCUCCUCCCAGCCACUCUUCUUCCUCUUUCAGCCACUUCUCUAUUUCUGGCUGGGUCCAUGUUUACAUCACAAUACAAACCUAUUCAGCAGUUGUCUCCGUUUGUAAUGAAAUUGAAAGAGUAACACCUGUGUAGAUGUUCAUCUACAAUUAGAAUCAGCUGUGGCUGGUUUAACUGCAUUUUUAGAUUUAAAUAUGUUUUAAUAAAAUAUUGCCGUUAAAUUUUGCUGUCUUAUUCAGUUUUGCAUUAUGUUAUUGUUUUGAACAUAAGUUUAACAGUUUUGAAAACAGUAUGUUAGCACAUGCAAAGUGUCCUGUACGUACAAAGAUUUUUGGCAGUUGUGGUGUCUGAGUGAGAAAAGAAUUCAUGAAAUUUGAGGGAUGUAGUCAUUGAAUGCAUUUUGUGCCAAAACAAUGUUAAUUGAUCCUCAGUUUAGCCCACAUAGACUUCUGUUGUGCUCACUGUGUGAAGAGUUUUGCAAAAGUGACCUAAUUAUUGAGAAAUGUGUCCUAGCGUCUGUAAAAAACUGUAACAUUAACAAGCCAAAAUAAAACACUAAAGCCCAAUCCCAGUUCUAUUUUCUACCCCUUCCCCUACCCCUCGCCCCUUCCGCUUGUCCUUUGAAACGAAGUGGAAAGGGGAGGGUUAAAAUAUUUCGCCUAAGAAAUGGGACACCACUACAACACUGUUAUACGUCAUCAUACGUAUCCGUUCAUUUACAUGUACACAUACAGUAUGGCCGUAAGCAAAACAAACAAUGCGUUAUCAAAUGCUCGGCAAACUGCCGUGUUACUGAACUUUCAUAUUUGUUUGUAGCAUGCAGUAAAGUUUAUAUGACAUAAAAAUAUAUUUUUGUAAUAUCGCGCAAUCUGUGCUAUCCGCUAGCAAACUUUAGCGAUUUGUUUGCAAACGUUUCUUUACAGAACAUCACCAUAAACACAAACACAAGACUAAAGGUAAUAUACACAUAAUGAAAACUUGUCAUAAAAAUUCUUAUUAAUGGCAAAAAUUACUUUAUUUAUGGGUCUGCUUGCUCGAGUGAGCAGCCAUGUUGAAAAUUUCGUUAGCCCUUCGUUUGAAGUGAGGUCCCGAAAAAUCUUCGUUUGGAGGGCUAUCUGGCCCUUCCCCUUACCCCUACCCCUCCAACCAAAAGAGAAAUGAGACACCCCUACCCCUUCACGUGAAUGCGCCAAACAGAGGGGUAGGGCUAAGUGUAGGGGUAAGGGGUAGAAUUGGGAUUGGGCUUAAAUGUAGGCAGCCUCAUUAGACUGUGAAGUUCGUUAUACAGAUUUAUUGCAAGCCUAAUAUUGUCGUGACAUUCAUGUUCAUAUUAAAUGUAAUAUAUGUAAUGUACUGUCUCUGUUAAGUUCGAACUGCAUUGUACUGUUUGCUGUUUUGCAUUAUUUUAUGUUUACCUAAUAUUUUAAACUGUUUUAUUUUUUAUUUUAAAUUAAAUCUUCAUUUGUUUUAAUUAGUUUUCUAUUUUUAUUUUAAAUUAAAUUUUGAUGAGUUUAAAAGUUUCAUUGCAAACUGUUUUAAUUUUUACUUUAAAUCAAAUGUAAAUUUUUUCUUCAAAAAGUUUUAUUGCUAUUAUUUUCUAUUUCUUUUUAUGAUUAUUUUCUUUUCUUUUAUGUAAAACACUUUGAAUUACCAUUGUGUAUGAAAUGUGCUAUACACAUAAACUUGCCUUGCCUUGCCUUUACUGUUUUGACAGAAACUAUUAGUGAUUUAUAAAUGCAUCUACAGUAUAUCUUGAAACCAGGAGUGUCUUACACUCAUUUCCUAUUAAUGGUGCAUUCAUAAAUGCAGCGUGAAAAUUAAAAUUAUUACAUUAAACCAUUAAACCGUUAAACCAUUUUAAACGUUUGGUAGAUAUGUUUUGGCUCCUUGUGACUCAAGAAAGCCUUUAGGUUGCAAGGAAAAUCUGUUUAGUGUUAGUGUGUGUGUUUUUUUCUUUUUAACUACAUCACCGUGGAUUCCUGAAAUAAUUCAAUAGUAUCAGCGCUUCUGCUGCAUACAAUCUAAGGGAUUAGACUUCUAUAUACUCUGCCAUUUUAACAUCUAGCUUACCUGUACAGUGUGUGAUUUUUGGCUGCAGCAGUAAAAAUCAUUCCAAACAUUGUACAUAAAUGUACAAACUUGGACUUGAAGCCAGCUUUAGCAGGUAAUGACUAUGCUCUUUAAUAAUAAUCACAUUGAAGGUGUUGAGUGUGCCUGUGUUCACUCAGUAAUUGUCAGCAAAAUUAUAUCUUAAAUAAAUCUGUGCUGCAAUCACAUGUAUAUUUUUAAUACUAAAAGAAAGUCCUGGCUGUUUUUUAAAGAUAAAUAAGAGUAAAAAAUAAUAAUAAUCCUGCACCUGAUUUAAAGUUUUUUUUUUCAUUUACUUUCCCAGCUAGACCCGACUUCAAAAAGACUAAAAGAUCCACAUUCAUUUGUCUUUGAUAUAGUGUGAAGUUUAAGCAUUGUGUUUGCACAGUUUGUUUUAUUCUGUACUGUUCUUUGUUUUAAAUGCUGCUCCAUCUAUGCACUGUAUUUUAAGUAAUGUGUUACCCAAAUAAACAUGCCUUCUCCUA